UGAAGGGUAUGUUUUCAGAAGGACUCAUGCAUGGACAAGGGACUUAUCUUUGGGCCGAUGGAUUGAAAUAUGAGGGGGACUUUGUGAAGAACAUCCCCAUGAACCAUGGCAUGUACACGUGGCCGGAUGGCAGCACGUACGAAGGAGAAGUGGUCAAAGGCAUGAGGAACGGAUUUGGUGUGUUCAAGUGCAGCACGCAGCCUGUGUCCUACAUCGGUGACUGGUGCCAGGGCAAGCGACACGGGAAGGGCUCCAUUUAUUACAAUCAUGAGGGCACCUCUUGGUACGAGGGAGACUGGGUUCACAACAUCAAGAAAGGCUGGGGAAUCAGAUGUUACAAAUCUGGAAACAUAUAUGAAGGCCAGUGGGAAGACAACAUGCGCCACGGAGAAGGGAGAAUGAGGUGGCUGAGUACCAGUGAGGAAUACACCGGCCAGUGGGAGUGGGGGGUCCAGAAUGGCUUUGGGACACACACAUGGUUUCUGAAGAGAAUCCCCUAUUCCCAGUAUCCUUUGAGAAAUGAGUACGUAGGAGAGUUUGUGAAUGGAUGUCGUCACGGACAUGGGAAGUUUUACUACGCCAGUGGAGCUCUGUAUGAUGGAGAAUGGAUUUCCAAUAAAAAACAUGGCAUGGGCCGAUUAACUUUCAAGAAUGGGCGUGUGUAUGAAGGCCCGUUUUCCAAUGACCACAUAGCAAAGUUUCCAGAUCUUGAAGUUGAAUUCAUAAGUUACCUGGACCUGCCUUCAGAAAUUUCCGAAACGAACAAGCCAUGCAGAUCUUCCAUUAGUGCUGAAAUCGUCAGAAAGCUUGAUGGCAGUGAAAGUCAUUCCGUGUUAGGAUCGAGCCUUGAGCUGGAUCUAAACUUGUUGCUGGACAUGUAUCCUAAGAAAGAUCAACCAGAAGAAAAGAAGCAGGUAGAAUAUGCUGUUUUAAGAAAUAUUACAGAAUUAAGAAGAAUCUAUAGCUUUUACAGCAGUCUAGGAUGUGAUCACUCUCUGGAUAAUACCUUUCUGAUGACAAAGCUUCACUUCUGGAGAUUUCUGAAAGAUUGCAAAUUUCAUCACCACAAUAUAACUCUUGCCGAUAUGGACAGGAUAUUAAGUACCAAUAAUCACAUCCCAGUUGAAGAAAUUCAUUCUCCAUUUACAACAAUACUUUUGAGAACAUUUCUGAAUUAUCUCCUGCAGUUGGCUUACCACAUUCAUCACAAAGAAUACCAAAAUAGAAGCCCAUCUCUCUUUUUGUGUUUUACAAAACUGAUGACUGAGAACAUUCAUCCGAAUGCCUGCCGGGUAAAAGGCAAUUUAUUCCGGGAGCAACAGCGGACACUCUAUUCCAUGAAUUAUAUCGAUAAGUGCUGGGAGAUUUAUGUAGCUUACUGCAGACCAAAUGCAGCCCCUCCCCAUGAGCUUACAAUGAAGAUGAGGCACUUCCUCUGGAUGUUGAAAGACUUUAAAAUGAUAAAUAAAGAAUUAACAGCAACCAAAUUCGUGGAGGUAAUAGCAGAGGAUAAUCCUUUUAUUCAUGAUGGAAUUGACAGCAGCUUUGAACUUGAGCUGGUUUUCCUGGAAUUCUUUGAAGCUCUUUUAAGCUUUGCACUCAUCUGUGUUACUGACCAAAUGACUAAAUCCUAUUUAAAUGUUCCAAAUGAUGAUUUGUCUGGAAACAAACAUGGAAGUAUUUAUACACUAGUAAAUCAGAUCAGGAAGUCCCUAAGUGAUGAAAGAAUGUCUAAAAUUAAUUUAAAAUCUUCAGGAAAAGGGUUAACCUUUUUUCCAUCUCAAAAUGCCCAAAAUGUGACAUUUGAUGCAAACUCAGGGCCUGAAACAAAUGUGGAAGCAGUCUCAAAAUUCGAAGUCAAAGAUGAUAGAGGAUCACAACACACUGAUGAAGAAGAAUAUACUUGUAUUAAAGAAGGACCAGAGAAAUAUGAAAAACCCAAGGAAGAUCCCAAAGAAAAACUCAACACGUGGGUCCAUAAUAUGUAUAUCUUUUUUGUGAACACAUUCUUCCAUGCAUAUAAACAUGAAGAAACUCUCAAGGAGAAAAUAAAGGAAAAUAGAUUACAUUAUGCAGCAAUGGCUCAACAGAAGAAAGCUGAAAAUGAUGAGCUGGAAGCAAGGCUGAGUAUCUUAAGAGAGGAAGAGGCCAAAAGACAAGACUAUGAUGUUCACAUCACUGUGAUCAAGGAUCCGGCAGAUGUACCAUCUUCUCUCUUCACACCAAGCCCUCCCAAAGAGGACACAGCGAUGUCCCAGUCCAGCAAGUCCAUCACAAGCAAGAAGAAGAAAAAGUAAAGGAUACUUGUGUUGGGAAUAAGCCACAAGAACAACAAGCAAAUGUGACAGAGGCUUAGAACUGCAAGCACUGUAACAGAUAUCCUGAACAAUAAAAUUGUUUGCAUUUUUUUUGU